AUGGCGGACGAAGCUGCAGUGGGUUUUUUGCUAGAAAACUUAAAGCAGCUACUUCUUUACAAUGCACAUCUGAUUCUUGACGUGAAGAGCGAAGUCGAAUCUCUGCACAUUGAUCUGCAAUUGUUCAAAGCCUUUCUCAAAGACAUGGCAAAAAGGGACAACAACCAUGAAGUCCUAAAUACACUGGUGAAGCAAAUCAGAGACAUUGUGUACGAAGCAGAAGAUUAUGUGGACAUGUAUGUUUCUCAUUCAGCUAUGCAGAAGGCCCGAAGUGGCUUAAAAAAAGUUGUCCAUAUAUUCGAUCAUACGACGAAGCUUCGAAAUACGGCGGUAGAUAUUAAGUCGAUGAGGGUCAAGGUCAAGGAAAUCUAUCAAGACAAGAAGUUUGGAUUUGAAGCCCUGCUAGUUGCUGCUCCUCCCGUCAAAAAGAAAGAGGCUCCCAUUGUGGAAGACAAUGUUGUGGGCUUUGAAGAUGAGGCUGAAAAAUGUGUUGUACUGUUGUCAACAUUUUACUUUGCUUCAGUUUUUGACUAUGGAAUUACUGCUGCUUUCUUUAUACCUACGUAUAAUUUUUCUUCUUGA